AUGGGUAGAGAAAAUAUUGAAAAUUAUUUAUUAAAUAAAGAUGAAAUACCAAAUGUUCAAGAACAAACAAAAUUAACACCUCCAAUUAGAUCAGCUGCAAAUCAUACAAAUUUCCCAUUUACUUUAUCUAAAGAUUCAAAUUUACAAGACUAUCUCAAUAAUAAUAAAUAUUAUAUUGAUUCAAUUAAACAUAAUCAUGGUAAUCAAAUAUUUGAACUAAAUGGUAAAGGUCAAUCUCCUCAUACUUUGUGGAUCGGUUGUUCUGAUUCAAGAGCAGGUGAUCAAUGUUUAGCUUGUUUACCUGGUGAAAUAUUUGUACAUCGCAAUAUUGCAAAUAUUAUAAAUUCAAAUGAUAUUAGUUCGCAAGGAGUUAUUCAAUUUGCAAUUGAUGUUUUAAAAGUUAAAAAAAUUAUAGUUUGUGGUCAUACUGAUUGUGGUGGAAUAUGGGCGUCAUUAAGUAAAAAGAAAAUAGGUGGUGUUUUAGAUCUUUGGUUAAAUCCAAUUAGACAUAUUAGAGCUGCCAAUGUUAAAUUAUUAGAUCAAUAUAAUGAUAAUCCAAAAUUAAAAGCUAAAAAAUUGGCUGAAUUAAAUGUUAUAUCUAGUGUAUUAGCUUUGAAAAGACAUCCAAGUGCUUCAAUGGCUUUAAAAAAUUCAAGUAUAGAAGUUUGGGGAUUGAUUUAUGAUGUUUCAAGUGGUUAUUUAUUUGAAGUUGAAAUACCGCAAGAUGAAUUUAGUGAUUUAUUUCAUGUUGAAGAUGAUGAUGAAAAAGAAGAAGGAAGUAGUAGUUAUAAUCCUCAUUGA